AUGGCAGCAGCUCUUGUCGUUGGGUUAAUAUUUAUUUCUUUGUCACAAACUAAGGCCACCUACUGCUACUAUUCCUAUAACUACUCCAGAUAUUACUGUUCCAACGACAGCAGAGGUUACUUGGACAGUCGGAGUAUCGCCGGAAUAGUCGUAGGCUGCGUAGUCGCCCUGGUUGUGGUUAUAGCCGCCAUUGUCUACUGUAAAAAGAAAGAUCAAAACCAAACACGGGUGGUGGAAAUCCGGAGCAAUGGCACCACACAGAUACAUUCCAUUACAAAUAUCCACCCCCCUCCCGGACCACCAGGUGGGUAUUCCUACGCGGGCGUUCCUUCCUAUCCUCCCACGCGUGGGUUGCCCCCACCGUUUAGACCUCAUCUCCCCCCUAGUGGACCUCCCCCGGCUGUAUUUCCUCCCACCAACCCGCCACAGUAUCCUGGAAUGCCGCCUCCGUCCUGUUAACUGUGUUG